AUGCCUCUUGUCAGCGUAUCAUGUCUGCUUUGCGGUAGUGAAAUUGACGAGUCAGAGCACCUCCCGGAUUGGAUGGGCCGAUUUCGGGCGCUCUAUACUGUGCUUCAGGAGUGGGAUUCCGCACAAAUAUCUAGGGCUAGCGAACGGCGGCCAGACUCAGACCUUGUUCCGCUUGAUCAGGCAAUAACGCAGGCUGUCAGGCAUCUGGACUUAACCGAGCCGACCAUCGAUGGAGACUUUAUCAAGAUACACCUAUCACCAAAGCGUUUUGGAGAGCCAUACCCCCCGCCUCUGCCCUUGACGCCGCUGCCUCUCUGGGGUUUUGCGUUACAUGCAAGCUGCUGGAGUCUGCUGGGGGUGAAUUACCCACGUCUGAGAUCGGAGCCAACUGCUUGCAUCCAAGCUCUGUUUCAUCUUUGCAGAUCGCAGCCAAUAAAUCUCGGUACCAUGGACUGGGGUCACGACUAUGGUGGGCUGUUCUGUCGAACACCUGAAUCUCAUGAAUUGCUGCCAGGUGAAGACACCCAGCUUCAAACACCGCAAUCCUCGGACAGGUUGUUUCACUGCGACCCGUUCCACAUCCCACAGUUGACUGCUCAAGCUCAUACCUCUGGUGCAUUGCCUGGCAUAGAGCCAGUACGACAACAUUGCUCUCGGGAUCAGGGUUCUGCAAACCGUGACGUAGACCCAUUUCAUCGUUUCCCGCUCGAAAUUGCCACGGAUAUCCUGGUUCUCCUUCAAUCAGCAGACGUAGCCAGUCUUCGCCUAGCAUCGAGAAGUUUUGCAAACAGGCCAUUGCUGGACUGCUUUUGGCGAUCACGAUUCUGCGCAGGCCAAGAAUUUGCCCACCUCUUCGAAUACGCUUCAUCGAAGCAUACUCCCGCAAGAGAGUUAUUCGAGACUGCGAGGUCUAUACGGCAUCUUCCAGCUGUAAAUAAUCGGCGUCGCGUCUGGUCACUCGCUUCUUUCCUGGCCAGCCUGAUUGAGUCCAGGUUAGGGGCAUCACGUUGUGAUGGAACGCCUUGCCAAUCAUUUUUUGAGCCAGACGCCAACCCCGAAAAAGGAAAAUGGCUCGUUGCGCAAGGCACCGUUUCUGACGCAAAGACACACCUCACAUUUACAGAAGGCUCUCGACCCUUGUUUAAUCGGCUGCUUUCGCCCGGGGCCUUAGCUGCCGCCGGCUGCGUUUCUUUCAUUUGCAUCGGUGAUAGAAGAUAUGUCACAGGCUUCAGAUUGACUCAACACGGCGGAGGUAUGUUGCAGUUUGGUUAUCGCCAGCCCGAGCAGGAAACCAAAAUUAUUUGGCCUGGCGACAUUCCACAAAGCAUCUCACUGUCUGGGAUCGAAGUUGCGUUAGAUCCAAGAGGCAUCCGCGCUUUGCGAUAUCUCACUUCCUGUGGCAGAUGCUCGAACUGGGUUGGAGAGCACGAAGGCCUUCCAAAAGCGAGACUGGUAUCAAUUGAUGCAGAUCACCCCCUACAGACUUUAAAGGGUGGUUUUGAUGCUCUUAAACUCGUCUCGCUAUCCAUAAGCGUCGACACAUUCAGAGGAAAUCCCAUCAGUCCUGAUGGAAGACGUGAAAUGUCAAAAGCCUGGUAUCCUCAAGUUCCUGCUGAUUCAUUGAAAUUCUCGGGUGUCGAAAUCGGCCGGCUUUCGUAUUCCCAAGUUUUCUCUCCGUUCUCAACUUGCUUGUUCGGCGGCAAGAGCGGAGAGCUGCUUCCACAUCUCACUCAAGUCACGGUGUGGACGGUCACAUCACCGCAGCACGCCCUGUGGGAAAACAGAUUUCCUUGGGCUAUAGUUUUUCACUAUGAUCGCCCAAUUGAUGGCUGCGAGACGAGAACCUUGGGUCUCGUACCUCGGACCGAACAUAAUCUUACCCAAGCCCACAACUUCCAGAUUAGCUCCGGGGAAGGUGAGCGUAUCACUCGAAUUGAUGUUCACUACUUGACCGACAAAUGUCCGGCGGCUUUUACGUUCUAUACAAACCGGGUGCGGAGGACUCGGAUCCCGCGCGGCUCCCUCGAGGAUAUUCCCGAGGACGAAUUCUCUACGGAACAGCUAGUCCCAAAAGGAAAAGAGGUUAUUAUAGGUUUGUUUUCAUCACUAAAACAACGUACAGUACUCGAGAAUCUUGGUAUAUUAUGUAUUGAGAGACCAGAUGAUAAAUAA